AGUCAUUUGUCAUUACGUGGCCUUUCAAACAGAAUCCGAUGUUCUGAAUAAAUAGUGUACCAUUAAAAGAUAAAACAAAGCUGUUAUAGUUAUAAAAAAUAUUAAAGAAACACAUUAGUUUAGCAAAAUAAUUAGCUAAUAUGUAUAGCUCUUAUAAAUUAUUAUGGCUUAUGUCAACGAUUUUAGCUACAUUAUUUUCUAAUACAAAUUGUUAUACUAUAACAGUUGAUGCACACGCCGAAGAAUGUUUUUUCGAAAAUGUUGAAGCUGAUACAAAAAUGGGAUUAUCAUUUGAAAUAGCAGAAGGUGGUUUCUUAGAUAUAGAUGUGAAAAUUACCGGUCCCGAUGGCAAUAUUAUACACAGCGGACAGAGAGAAUCCUCUGGUAUUUACACAUUUUCAGCUGCUACUUCAGGACGUUAUACUUACUGCUUCAGUAAUCAAAUGUCUACUAUGACACCUAAGGUAGUAAUGUUUAACUUGGAAGUUGGAGAACCACCAAAUAAAAAAGCUAACGAAAAAGACGAAGAAGUAAACCACAAUAAGCUAGAAGACAUGAUUAAAGAGCUUGGAACAACACUGAAAACUGUUAAACAUGAACAAGAAUAUAUGCAGGUGCGUGACCGUAUUCAUCGUGCAAUCAACGAAAGUACAAAUUCUCGUGUGGUUAUGUGGUCCAUUUUUGAAGCCUCUGUACUUCUUGUCAUGACACUAGGACAAGUAUACUAUCUAAAAAGAUUCUUUGAAGUGCAACGUGUUGUCUAACAAAUGUUUGUUUCAUAGUAAGUUAAUAGUAUAUAAUAAAUUUUUAUAUUGAUGACUGAAGUAUGAAACAAUUUCAGUGUGUAGUGUCCUGAUAAUUUAUGUGAAUACAGAACAUUAUUUAUUAUUUUUUUCAUAUCAAUAAGAUACUAAGAAAUGAUGAAAUUAAAUUUGAAGAAAUGAAACAGAUUUAACUUACCAGUAUGUUGUGUAUGCCACUGAGUUAAAAUUGAUGCUGGAUAUGUGAAUUCAGUAUUAUAAAAACCUUGUUUUUCACGGCUUAUUUACGACAUUGUUUUGACUCCGAUAAAAACACUCCAAAUAUUUCAUCCCAGGCAUAAUCUAUCAUUAUGAUCUUUUGAAUUCCAUCUUUACUUUUUGCACAAAAAAUAAUUAGAAAAAGUUAUGUCCUGUCGUAUUAUCAUAAGUAAUAUUUUCAUGUACAUCACUGUUAAUGUCUUUUGUAUGUAUAAAUAAAUCAAAACUAUUUUGUG